GACUAAUUGCAACAAUAUCUCUAGACAUUUUAAGGGGAAAAGGAAAAAAAAUAGUUUUUUGUUAUGUUUAAAAGAAAACAGCAAGAGGAAAUAAUAAACCUUAAGAAACUUUUAGAUGGAAUUGAAACAGCAAAUAAAAAUGAGGCUAAAGACUAUACGUCUGGUCAUUUGAACUAUAAAAAUCUGUUUAAACCACAACAAGUGAGUGAAAGGACGUUCUGGAAAAGUGUAACGAAACAAAACUCUUUGGCGCCUAAUCAUCAUCAAGAACAUAUAUUCCAAAGUAUAACUGAUAGAAAAGUCAUGAAGAUGAAAGAUGCCUUAGCUGACUUUACCCUCAAGACACAUCUGACACUUACUACACCUGCCAAAUCGUCUAUCCACUUUUCUCCACUUUUAAAAAGUCCUAUGACACCAAUAAAUACACCAUGUGCCGUCUCUCUUCAUGAAAUCCGAUCACACGAGACUUUCAUGGAAAAACAAGAACUUGAAAAAUGUAUGGAGUCACUAGCGAGUGAAGAGAUAGACCUAUCCCAGUUAAAACUUUUGAAGGUUAAACGUGAGAAAAAUCAAACUUACCAAAGUGAUGAAUAUCACUUUGUCCCAUCUUAUUUGACUGGCCUAACAAAAAAGGAUCAGUUUGUAAUAUUUUCACAAUUUUCUAAAGAGUACCUCAAGAAAGAAGAUCUAGAGAAAGAUUUCUUAAAGAAAUCAUCUAUUGGGCAUUAUGAACGCCAAUUAACUAAGGAGCUUCUAAAAAUUGGCCAUGUCACUCCUCCACAUGUUAACCGAUUACAGAUUUUCUGUGAAGCAUUUGAAGAUAUUUGCAACAACUCUACUAUUUUUGGAAAUAUAUUACAGCAUAUUAAGAGUGCCUAUGAGUCAUACAUUGAACACUUAUUGGAUGCUCGACCUUCAACACAAUAUGAGGUGUUUAGAUCUGGAUCAGGGGGCAUUAGCAAAAGAGCUGUUAAAAAAGAAGAUGUAGAAGCAGCUGUGAUGACUGUACGUUUGCUUAUACAGGAAGCAAAAGGAGCUCUAAAUGAAAAUGAACAAUUAAGGAAUCAACUGAAAGAAGCGUUAAAAAUAUAUUCCACUAAGGACACUGUAGAAAAAGAUCUGCCAGUAGAAUUAGAAGUGGAAGACUCAUGUGAAAAGUGUAACUCUCCAAGCUUGGUAGAUUUAUUUGAAUUAAAAAGAUGUGAAGUUCUGGAAUUAUGUACCACAGUACAGAAUAUGGAACAAGGAAUUAAGAAGAAUAUGACACAUGCUGUUAAUACUAAUGCAAGGGAGCAACAUAUAAAAGAAAUACAGGCAGAAGCUGUGAAACUUCAAUCAUCAAAUAAGUUUCUCAUGAGUGCCAGUAAGGAUUUAGAUACUGAAAUAAAGAGGGCACUAAAUAAACAGAAGUUAACUUUGGAAAAACAGAUGGAACUAAAAAGCAUGAUAGAGUGCUUCCUGACCCAAGAUUAACACAUUAUUUAAACCGCACAACUGUUUUGUUUAUCAUAUGAUUUCUAUACUCUUGUUAUUAGGACUUUAAGGAUAUUUUUUCAUUAUUUUUUCCUUUCCUGUAAUAUCACCGUAAUAAUGUAAAUGUUCUUCUAAAUAAAGCAUGUCAUUUGUAACUA